CUGACGUCGCCGUUGUGGGCUUCUGUCGCGUGUCGAUGACGUACCCAACGCGACAGCACCCGGGCAAAAAGCUAGUCUGGAAAUAGUAAACACGCUUCAUUUUGCUUCUUUAAACCACUCGUUUCGCCGAAUAAUAUAUUGUGCCAAGAUAUUUAGGAGCUAGGAGUCGAAAGCGACGUUUGAAAAUGUCGUACAUGCUACCGCAUCUUCACAAUGGCUGGCAGGUCGACCAAGCCAUUCUGUCCGAAGAGGACCGAGUGCUCGUCAUCCGCUUCGGGCACGACUGGGACCCGACAUGUAUGAAAAUGGACGAGGUUCUGUACAGCAUCGCCGAAAAGGUCAAAAACUUUGCCGUCAUCUACCUGGUAGACAUUACAGAAGUGCCCGACUUCAACAAGAUGUACGAGUUAUACGACCCUUGCACUGUCAUGUUCUUUUUCAGAAACAAGCACAUCAUGAUUGAUUUGGGAACUGGCAACAACAACAAGAUAAACUGGACAAUGGAGGACAAGCAGGAGAUGAUAGACAUUGUUGAGACUGUGUACCGGGGAGCAAGAAAAGGACGAGGUCUGGUGGUGUCGCCCAAGGAUUACUCCACGAAAUAUAGAUAUUAAUUUCAUUCUGUUGACACAUUUGUAGGAUUUUUGUUAGUUGAUAUUUUUAAACUUUUUCUUUUUGUUUGUUUCAUUGAGUUUUUCCGACAGCACGGUGGGGCAGCUAUAAAGCGUUGGCCUUACAGUUCUGAGGGCCGCGCCUGUUUGGAGUUUGCAUGUGGUAAAUUGCUCCGAGGUGUGAUUGCAAGUGCGACUGUUGUCUAUCUCCAUGUGCCCUGCGAUUAGAUGGCAACAAGUUCAGGGUGUACCCCGCCUCCUUCCCGUUGACAGCUGGGAUAGGCUCCAGCACUCCCGCAACUUUUGUGAGGAUACGUGGGUACGAAUAAGGAUGGAUGGAUGAGUUUUUCUGUUUAUUUCCAGUUGAAGGACUUGUUUCUUGGUGCUCAAUCAUCAUCAUCAUAAAAGUUAUAUAUAGGUAUAAAUUGGGAAAAUUGU